UCCAAUAAUCCACCAUCCAGAUAAAUUUCCUGCCUUCUGCCGAAAGAAUAGGUGUCUGUAUUAUUGGUCCAUUUGUAGAAUUAUCAGGUUAUACAAAAGACAACAAUUAAAUCUUCUCAUGUGCGAACAUUUUCAGUUGACUAGGUAAAACAAAAAAAAUAUUGUGUAGAACUGCUGAGUUUGUCAGUAUCAACAUGUCUCUGUGUCAGAUGAUUGAUUUCGCUUCAUUUCAUUGUUCAUUCUACUUUGGGACCUAGGCAUCGUUAUAGCAACUCAGAAUUAUUUAUGCAUGCCUGUAGUUGCACACUAGUCAGGUUGUCAUGGAAAUGGCCAAAUUCACAGGUAUAUUGAACACAGGUAUUGAAUACCUAAUAAUAAUUUGAUUUGGUGUAAGCGAAUAGGAAUCCAGCGUCCUGGGACAUUAGUUCAGUAAGAGAAACUGGUGGUAGUGUUUGCAUGGAAACUGGCUGCUGAAUUAGCUUUUAUUGAUAUAUCCAUACAUUUUAUCUCCUGGCAUGAAUAGUUAGACUUACCUGUAAAAUACUUCCAGGACCGUGUACAUUUAAGCAGGAAAGGAGAAAAACUUUUCUUCUCCAGAUAUGACUGCGAAAAUGAAAGUAAGAACUCUUGACGCCAUUUGUGCCAAAUUAAAAUCAUUGAGUGGGGAGGAAGGUUCCGAUGUUGUCUCGGAGCUCGAGAUUUCCGAGCAAGAGAAUAGUAUACCUCUAUUGAAUGAGAGUGACACGAACAACGCGGAGAGUUUUAGAGAUGAGAUUUUGGAAAGUAAAAAGUAUUUGAUAGACAAAGAAUCAGAAAAGAAAGGUGCCGGGUCAUCUAGACGGAAAAGUCGAAAAGCUGCAGCCCCAAGAAAUAUUGCUCAGGUACGGGAAAUUCUCGACAAAUUGGACUGUGCUGAUGAGAACGAUGAACUGGCCGAAUACGAAAUAAACAACCAAAAUACGGACUUUCCGCCUGAGGAGGAUGUAAGCCUUGAGGAAGAGGAUAGUAUCGUAAGAAAAGAUUCGGCCAAGACCGUGCAUAAUGACGCUGACAAUAGUCCAGUCUCAGCUAGUAUCAACAAUUCUUUACAAAACAGAAAACAGUCACGAAAACCACUCAAGUCAACGCAGUCAUUCAGCACGCCAGGUAACACUGCAGCACCUCUGGACCUCUCUGUGGCCAAAUCAACAGAGGACAGCAAUCAUUCGGAGAAAGAUUUUCAGGAAUUCAAUCAAUCUAGUCAGUCACUGCCUAAUGCCAGUGAACAUCAAGCUGUUUCUCAAUUGGAAAUGACAAGUAAUCCCCAGAAAUCGGCUUCAUCUUCCUCUUCUUCUUCCUCAAAGUUCAAACUUGCAGAAAAAACAGAGAAGCAAGAAAUGACAGUAUUAAAAGACUAUGCCGAGUCGACGAUGAACGAGCUGUUAUCAAUGUAUGGGUUCAGUGCGGGAUCAGGAGAUUCUCUUGUACAGCAGAUUCCUUCCAAUAACUUUACAUCAAAUCAAAUUCUUCAUAAGCAGAGUCCACAGCCAGUGCCAAAAGUACAAAAUAGCAAACCCAUUCCUCCCCUCAUCCCCUCCCCAUCCGCCGAUUCAGUGUCCCCCGACACCGUGAUAUCUACAGAGAAGAAAGGCAUCUACACUAGUUAUGUCAGUCCAUCGGUUAACAAAAGUAGUCAGUCCAACAAGAACGCCAAGAAUACCAAUAAUGAAGUGAUCAAAGAUGACAAGUUUACAAACAGUGCGGCCUAUAUUAAAGCAGUGUUCAACAACCAGAGUCCGGGCUCUCCGAGUCCCAUCAAGCAUCCGGGACUUCCGGACUACUCCAAGUACCUUAAGAGAUUCAGCAGUGGCGUGGAAUGCAAAGUCAAGUACUGCAAGGAGCUGGGGUAUCGGGAGCAUUUCCACUGCAUGGAUUGUAACUUUCGGGUCUUCAUCAAGAAAGAAGAGAUGGUCCGCCACUACAAAUGGCACAGGAAGAGAGAGGAAUCCCUCCAGCAUGGAUUCAUGCGGUACAGUCCCCUAGACGACUGCAGUCAGAAAUACGGCACCUGUACCCACAAUGGUCGGCAGACCCACUACCACUGUUUACAGCAAGGCUGUGACAAAGUGUACAUCAGUACAUCAGAUGUACAGAUGCACGCCAACUACCACAGGAAGGAUUCAGCCAUUAUACAGGAAGGUUUCCAGAGGUUCCGCGCCACUGAGGAUUGUGGGACACCCUUGUGUGCUUUUUACGGACAAAGAACGACUCAUUUUCAUUGUCGAAGACCAGGCUGUAACUUCACUUUCAAAAACAAAGCAGAUAUGGAAAAGCACAAGACUUACCACCAAAAGGAUGAAGUGCUCGGCCGGGAUGGAUUUAAGAAGUUUAUGAAGUAUGAACACUGUGGAUAUAUUGGAUGUAGAUAUUCCAAACUCAGUAACCAUAUUCACUGCAUUAGACCAGGCUGUAUUUACGUUUUGCAUUCUACUGCUCAGCUGUUUUCUCAUAAGAGAAAGCAUGAACGGCGUGACUUUGAGACGGCCUACAGAAAGUACCGAGAGGACAGUAACGACAUGGAUUCUAGUCUACAGUACAGAAGUAAUCUAGUGAGUGAGAAUCAGUCCUUCACUAGUAGUCCACUCAGCCACAUGUCCCUCCCCAUUUCCAUCAAAACGGAAAUCAACGACGACGAUUUCAAAGACGAGAGCUGCGACUCCAGAGUUCCCAUGUCCGAACACUCCCUCGAUGACAGUAACUCGGAUGUAAAGAGUCUGAAGUCGGAGGAAUCGGACAACAAAGAACUGGACAGGAUGGAGGAGGAGGAGACUAUGGUUCUGCCUCAGCACACAGACCGCCUCCGGGGAGAGAAACUGAAUGACUCUCUGACCUUACCCAUUCCUGUGUAUACGAAGCAAGAAGAGAAACAGGAGUUUGCGGUGCAGGGAAAGAUGUCUCUGCCUACACAGCCCAAAGUGGAGACUGGCAUACCAGCACACUUUAAGCCAAGUUUAGCCCAAGGGUUGAAUGUCCCCAUCCCCCAACCAAAUACACCGCUGCUGUUAUCAAAGACUGCAGCUAACAACACUCAGGAGCGAAAAGAGAGAGAUGAAUCUUGGAAAAACUACCUCAUCAGGUACACAGCCAAUGACCCGUGUAACUCUCGCUGUCAGUACCUUUACAAGGACCACUACCAUUGUCGAGUAGAGGGAUGUUUGGUGUUGUUCAAAUCAAAAGAUGGUGUCCGCGAACAUGCCAGAUUUCAUGAACUACAAGACCGUAUCACCCCUGUAGCCUACGUUAUGUAUUCCGACACAGACACGUGCCCAGAGAACUGUCAGUACAGCAACAAGCAGAGACAUUAUCACUGCAUCUGGUCUGGCUGCACACAUGUUGUACCCCAUGAAGGCCCCACAUUUGGGAGACUUGAACACUAUAGGAUCCAUGAGUAUGCGCGCAGCUCAGCCGGAAAAACGUACAAGUCUUCGCCAAAGUCUGCAGAGGAUACACCGCGUAAAAGAGGUCGACCACCCAAGUAUCCCAGAAAUACUAUACCAGUUAUUCCGAAAGUGGAACUGACAGAGUCUGAAAUACUCAAUCCCUCGUGUGAAAACCCGACGGUGAUCAAUGGAUUUAAAAAGUUUGAAGAGGACAAUCCCUGCCCAGACGAGUUGUGUUUGUACAGGGGGAAGGAACAUUUUCACUGCGCUCGCCCUCGCUGCUACCAAGCCACCGAUCGACUGGAUGUUCUCAAUUUGCAUGCAAAAGAUUUCCAUAGCUUUGUGACCAUUCAUGAGGGCUUUGAAUUCUUUGAUAGAAAUGUCAAUUGCCGCAGACCGCAUUGCCACAACAACAAAGCCAAUCGCCACUUCCACUGUGUCAGACCCAAAUGUGACUAUUCCUUUGUUCGCCACAGCACCAUGAUGCAACACAACAAAAAGCAUGAGAACACGGAAAUAAAUGGCACAAACAAAGAAGAUCCAGUUCUCUCACUUACUGACAAUACUUCCGUAGCUGGAUUUAUUCCCAUUGCCCCUGCUGAUGCCAAAGGCUUGAUCAAAACAUCAGGAACUUUUUAUCCCUUGUCAAGCCUUUCAUCAGGACAGUCCAGUGACAAAGUAUCCACUGCAGUAGAUGCCACCAUUUUUCAUCCGAUGGCUGUGUCCGGGGCAAUCACAGCUGUCCCUAUGGUAUCUGCAGGCAUCACACCGACCAUAAUUACUGCUGCGACUGGAAUGAUAUCCAGCACAGGACACCCUCUACCUUUGGCUGUUCUUCUACAACAAGGAGGAAACACCAUUCCACAACCCACCUGGUCUGACCUGAAGAAUAAGAUGCAUUACGGAUUGGAUCAGAACUGUGGGCGACCAUUUUGCAAGCUAAAGAAGAAGGACCACUAUCAUUGUUUCGAGUGCAAUCAAGCUUUCUCCGACAUGAAUAGAGUCAAGGCUCACAUUUCAAAGCAUGGAUUGAAAUUCGGAAAGAAUGAUUCCCAGCAAAUCAUUGGGAAAGCUGUCUGUCCCAUUAACAUUGCACCAAAGCCAGAUCAAAUACAAGCCAUUAUGAAUCAUGAUCAAGGACACGUUCCAAGUAAUGAGAGGGCGCAUAGGUCAGCCCAGAGCUCUGAUGAUGAACAUAACUCACUUGAUGGGGAGCUGAAUGCUUCAGAUUCUCUUAAUCUGAAUCCUUCCACUUUCUCCAGUCUUAUUGCCAAAGCUCAGAAAACUCACGGCACAUCAGAUCUUCAGAAUAGUAUGAAUCUAUAUGAAAGUAUGGAUGGGAAAUUAGUCAUAUCUGAAACUGAAAAUAGCAACCACUAUGAAGAGGAGAGUACUAUGGAUGAAAGUAGUUUAGAAGCCUCAAAAGAAGAGAGUAAAAUGUCAAACAAUGUCACAAGUAUUUCUAAAAGAUCAGGGAGGAAACGUAUGAGAACCAGACAUAAUGAUUUUGUGGACAGUGGUGAAAUAGCAGUCAAGCAAAGAAGGAUAAGUGAUGGUGGAAUAAGCACCAAAAGUGGCAAAGAUGACAGCAUUCCUGAAGGCUAUAUCCGCGUUCGACACAAGGAUGACUGUAACUUUGUUAAAUGUGCGUAUCGCCAGGGCAUCACACAUUUCCACUGCACGCGCCCAGACUGUGGAUACAGCUUCAGUGAUCGUUCUCGCCUCAUACAGCACACAUUAAGACAUGAGCGAAUCGACAGUCUGACUGGUGGGGAAAUGCAGCAGUUUCGUAUGAACCAGCCCUGUGGACGCGAUGAAUGCGAGUACGAAGGCAAGGCUUCCCACUUCCACUGUCUCAAGUGCAACUACAACUGCACCGACUCCAGCAAAGUUCUCACUCACCGAAAAUACCACACCAAGCUAGACAACAUCAGCUCGCAGGGGUUCAAGAAGAUCGGGGUCAAUGAGAAAUGCGAGGUCUCCAGGUGUCCCUACGAACUGAAGCAAACACAUUAUCAUUGCAUGAAGAGUGAAUGUAACUAUGCAGUGCUUGGUCCGGCGCAGAUCGCGUCUCAUAACAUCAAGCAUGCUAAUGAUCCAUUGUAAAA